AUGGCGCCAGUCGAUCGCCGCGAACAUCGACAACAACGCGUGCGCGGUGCUGGACCCUCAUCUGUCCAGGCUUCUUUUGGCUUCAACUUCGGCGCUCUUGGCUCCCAACCAGCCAAACAACCCGCUCCUGCGCCUCAACCAUCACCGCGUCGAACACCAGCCCGAAGUACCCCUCGCGCUGCAAAUGGCUCCGCACAGCGGCAGGGAAGCGCGUCGCUCCAGCGCAAUAGUGCUUCCAAACGGACAAGCACGCCGAAAGAUAACACUGUAACCCCGCAAUUAGGCAAGAGGAAGCGGGGUUCUCCAAACGCGCAACCGGGCGCAGACGAUGGGGCGGAAGAUGAGCUGAGUCCUGAUCGGGAGCAGGCCGUGCGCUCCACAGAGAAGAGCAGGAGAGUCGUCGGCACAGUUCCACCUAUACGUGAGGAGCAAGACAAUGUACCAGACGAGUUAUCUAUAUUGGACGAGGGCACCAGUACUGUACGCGAGACAGUCUUCGCCAGAUCUACAGUAGUCAAGCGGACUCCUCCACAAGUCUCGUCGCAAAUACGCGCGUCCUCUGGAAGCUCCCGCAAAAAGACUCCCGGUACCGACAGAGUCGAGGAAGCGUCGGUCGCAUCACGGCCAUCAACAUCAAGACGAUCCAAAUCUACGGAUCCUGGCCCAGCCACACCCAGUGUGCUUCCGAACGGCCAACCGAGAACAUCGUCAGCUUUACAGUCCGGAACUGUUCUUGAAACACCGACCGCAGCUCCAGCGCAUGAAGAUGGUGAGGAUGAGUUAUCGCCACAACUCAAUGGAUCCACACCACGAGUGGUUGGUAGCGAACCGCGGCCACAGCCAAUGACACAAGCAGAGACAGAAAUGCACGUAGACGAGCUCUCUCCACCCAGUCAACCGACUCCAAUCCAAGUAUCACCAAUAGCAAAUGGCAUAUCAACGCUACAAAUUAAUGAGCAUGAACCUGUGGAGCAAACCACUACACCGCUGCUGGCCAAACGCGGAAGACCGCGACGUGUUUCGGAGAAUGAAACUGCCGAGCAGGAAACCCUUCCGGAACCCGCUACGGCGAAGCCCGCCAAACGAGGAAGGUCGCCACGAGUAGUAGACGAUAUCCAGAAAGAAGAGACACCUCAAGCAAAACCUACUAAGCGUGGCAGACCAAGGAAAGAAGUUGCAGUCCAGCAAAGCGAACUUCAAGCAACGCCACGCGUGCACAAGUCAGAUCAAACAAAUGGCGUGGAUCCUGCAGCGAAAGAAGCAGAGGUUGUCGACGAACUCUCCCCUUAUCAUGAAUGGACGCCUAUUCACCCUCCGAAAUCGACCACACGGAAAAAGGAUGUUGUAGAAAUCUCUAGUGCGGACGAAGACUCCGACGCAUCAGAAGAACCGGAAGUCGAAGAACCAGCGGAACCUUCUCCACGACCUAACACAAGCAAACCAUCUCCCGAACAGAUGCAGCGCGUCAAAUCUACGACGGAGAAGCCCCCUCGCAAACGCCAGAAGUUUGAGGGGCCGAAGCAUGCCAUUUCUAUCAUGCGUAUCAAAGGCUCUACUGUUCGAGGCAUCACGGUCGCAGACACUACGCGUACUAUUCUAGAAGGAACAAUCGACCAACGUCUCAGCCGUAUGGCCGAGAAGUUGCAAGCCUCACAAGACUCCGCUCGGCGCAAGGAACUACGAACAGAGAUCAACCUCUCACUGUCCUUCAAGGAGAGUCUUAACGAGAAGCUGCUAGACUUGCAGGAUGCUAACGAUCUCCUGAGCGCCAACUUCAAGAAAACCAAGUUGCUCAAACGCGACAAUGCCGAGCUACGCAAGGAAAUUCUCAGUCUCCAAGACAGCAGGCAAGAGAUUGCCAUCGAACACGACAAUAUCCAAGCACGUUACGACGCAGAGAAAGCCGAAGCCGAGGCCAGAAAUACCCUGAGUGACAACAUGUUUGAGAUCGAAGCUGCAAUAAAGAAUGGGCGUGAUAAGGCACGUAAGGAAGGUAGAGAAAACGAAGGUCCCCAAAUUCCACUUGGCAUGUUACUGGAAACAGUAGGAGAUGAUGUUGCCUCGCGUGGUGGCGGUCUUCUUGCCAAUAUUAAGGGACUCAAUGGGCUCUUGGAGCGAGCUGCAGGCUGGCUCGAAGGAAGAGCCUGA